AAUUGAAUUGACGAGAACCACGUACUAUGCCAAGAAGAUAAACUUCGAGCUAGUCAGUCUUCACCGCACAAAGACUUUGUGUAGACUUGUAGCUAAGCAAGAUAUUUAAAGUGAUCAUUCACAGACAUACAAUGCUAAUAGCAGUCAUCAAGAGACUCCAAAUUCCAGUGAGAAAAUUAGUUAAACAGGCAACACCUCACCCUUUCCAUGUUUUUCUUACAAUCAUGAACAACCCCAUCAGGAAACACCCUAAUAAAACUCUCACUCCUCUUCUCCUUCCCCUUUUUUUCCUCAUGAUAACCAUGUGCAUGGCUGGGGACCCGCCGCCAAUCUACGAUCCAUCUGAACAAAUCACCCUUCAAUGUGGCUCUUCCGGUACCAAAUUCGGCCAAGAUUCCCGAUAUUGGGAAGGAGAUAAUGACACAUCUUUUUUUUCAUUCGGAGCAGCUGGUAACAAAUCCAUAUUCAAAGAAGCACCUUUUCCUUCUUCUUCCGGCCAAGUGCCUUACGGCACAGCUAGGCUUUCCCGCUUUGAAUUUACCUACACAUUUCCACUCUCUUCUGGCCCAAAGUUCAUCCGCUUGUAUUUCUACCCAGCUUCAUACGCCCCCAACUUCAACCGAUCCCAAGCUCUCUUCUCAGUCAAAGCCGGAGGCUUUACGCUUCUCCACGACUUCAACGCUUCAGCCACGGCUGAUGCUUCUGGCUCGGAUACUAUAUACAGAGAGUUCUGCCUCCAUACCGAGUCAGGACAGAAUUUGAAUGUCACGUUCACUCCAAGCACAGCAAGCCCAGAUGCCUACGCAUUUAUCAAUGGGAUUGAAAUUAUCUCCAUGCCCCCAUAUCUUUACUACACUUCACCCCAGAGCCCAGUUGGGGUUGCUUAUGUAGGCAGCAAAAACACGAUUCGCAUCGAGAACAACACUGCUCUGGAGAUGGUGUACCGAAUCAAUAUCGGUGACAAAAGGCAGAUCUAUUCCGAUCAGGACACUGGUAUGUACCGCAAUUGGGAUGGUUUGGGAGACGAGUACAACUACUUAGACGAUUUAAGUAGGAAGCUUAGUGUUUUACCACAGAACAGUAGCGUUCAGCUUCACUUUUCUGGAAUACCAGAGUACUCUGCUCCGAAAGAAGUUUACCAAACCGGCCGCUCAAUGGGCAUGAACAAGACCAUAAACAAGAGCUACAAUCUCACCUGGGAAUUCCCUGUGGAUUCAAUGUUUGCUUACUUGGUUAGGCUUCAUUUUUGUGAGUUUGAAGGUGAUGUUACGAUGCCCCAAGACAGGCUAUUUCAUAUCUACAUCUCCAAUCAAUCCGUUGAGCAAACGGCAGAUAUAAUCAUGUGGAGCGGUGGAAAUGGAAGACCAGUGUACAGAGACUACGUUGUGUUCAUGUUGGGGAACCCUGCAAUCCCAAAGAAAGUCAAUCUCUUUCUUGCACUGGAAGCAAGCAAGGAGGAUUGGUUGACUAAUUACAACGACGCAAUCUUGAACGGACUAGAAAUGUUCAAACUCAGUACAAAUCAGAAUCUAGCCAGACAAAGCCCCGACCCACCUUCUACAGCCCCAACAAAGGGGACAUCAAAAUCAAGCACCAGGUCAAGAACUCCUUUGCUUGCCACAGUCAUUGGUGUAGCUUCCGGCAUACUUGGACUCUCUGUUCUUGGGUUCUUGGUUUUUAGGCGGUGGCAGAAAGUCAAGGACACUGGCUCAGAUGGGUCGUCAUCUUUACCACCACAUUUGUGUCGUUGCUUUUCACUGUCAGAGAUCAAAGCCGCCACCCAAAACUUCAGCCAGGGUUUCAUUGUUGGUGUUGGCGGCUUCGGUCACGUGUACAAAGGGCAUAUCGACGGCGGGGCCACUCCCGUUGCGAUCAAACGGCUGAAACCCGAGUCAAAGCAGGGAGCCCGUGAGUUCAAGACGGAAAUCGAACUGCUCUCACAACUCAGACACCGCCAUUUGGUGUCUCUCAUUGGGUAUUGUACUGAUAAAAAUGAGAUGAUUUUGGUGUACGAUUACAUGUCACAUGGGACACUCGCUGACCAUCUCUACCACAACGACAACCCACCUCUCUCCUGGGGACAACGGCUCCAAAUUUGCAUUGGUGCCGCGCGAGGGUUGCGCUACCUUCACAGCGAUGCGCAGGGUACUAUCAUCCACCGUGACGUGAAGAGCACAAACAUUUUAUUGGAUGAGAAAUGGGUGGCCAAGGUUUCGGAUUUUGGAUUGUCGAAAAUGGGCACGACCACCAUGUCCAAGACCCACAUUAGCACGGCCGUGAAAGGCAGUUUCGGUUAUCUAGACCCGGAAUACUACCGACGUCAACAAUUGACGGUGAAGUCCGAUGUGUACUCAUUCGGUGUAGUGUUGUGUGAAGUACUGUGCUCAAGACCAGCUGUGGUGCAUGCAGUGGAGACAAGCCAAAUGAACUUGGCUGAAUGGGCCAAGAGCUGCCAUCGCGACAGGAAACUUGAUCAAAUUAUUGAUCCGAACAUGAAGGGUAAGAUUGAAACCGAGUGUUUGAACAAGUUUGUGGAAAUUGCUAUGAGUUGCAUCAAUGAUAAUGGGAUCGAGCGGCCGACAAUGAACGAUGUUGUGAGGGGGCUUGAGUUUGCAUUGCAACUGCAUCAGAAGUGCGGUGAAAAGAACGACGAGGAUGCCUUGGCUAGUGUGCCAGGUUGCGCUACGAAUGAAUCCGUUCAGUGCAUAUCCGGGACGAUCUUCUCGGAAAUCAACAAUCCGAUUGGGAGAUGAUGAGCAGCAUUAGAGUAAUCUAGCUACAAUUAUAUGUUGUGUUAGCAAGCCAGUAACUAUUUCUUAUCAAUUGUGUUUGUACCCAAAUGAAUGCUGAAUUACUUGCAGUGCC